AUGUUAUUAUUUAAAUCGAUAUUAAUUCCUUCUUUUACAUUCUUUUUAAUGAGUGUAUCAGCUUUUCCUGGUGAUACAGAUGGCGGUCCUAGUGGAACUGCUGGCCUAGUGAGACUAGUAAAGGAUUUGAAUAUAAGCUUCUUCAGCAACUUAAUCUAUUUGUUUUAUAAGAAGCAUGAUGGUUACAAAGACUACAUUGAAGAGAAGAACAAGGAGAAGGACAAAUUGGAAAAUGAAAUUAAAAUAUAUAUUCCUGAAUCUGAAUUCUUUAUUAAUAAAAAGGAAAUUAUUGAGGUAUUUGAAAAAGUACCCAAUGCCCUUUCCAAAUAUAUUUCAUUGGUUGAUGAAGUGUACCACAAGGCCUAUGAUACAUUGGAGGGUGAUGCUGCUAUAGAAUUUGAGUAUGAAUGUAAGAAAAGGAAGGCUGGUAUCUUUUUUCAGAUCUUGUUUGCACCUUGCGGUUCAUUAGUAAAUUAUUUAAUCAGUGAAUUCGGUGGUGACAAUACCAUUGAGGAUAUCAAGGAAGUAUUCAACAAUUACAGAUCUAGGGCAAUUGCUUUGAAGAUUAAGAUCUUUAACAGGGAUGGCGAUUAUAACACUCAUUUUGAGGACAUGGCCAAUGAAGUGAAAGGUGCAAUUGAAGAAGUUAAUAAAAUUAUUGACGUCUUGGUUUCCAACAUUAGAGAUAGUGGUUAUGUUAUUGACAAUUAUAUUAUUUCAAGCUUCAAAUCUGUUCUUUCCAUAAUCAACAAAAUAGCCCAAAAUACCAACGUAUCUAAUGUAAUAAUUCCAGGACUUAAGGCACUAACUCUUUCUGUUUUUUUAAUAUUAACUAUAGCUUGA